GGGACGGACAUGCGGGACGGAGCGGCGCUGCGAGCCGCGGAUCGGCAGUGGGGAUAGCGGGACCGGGCGGGGGGGUGCAGAGCCCCCGUCGUGGGAUAGAGGGACCCUCCAGUCCGGGAACGGAACUGUGGCUGUGGGGACGGACGGGGACCUCACCGAGAGGAGAGAGGGACGCUGGCUGUGGGAGCCAGCCCAAAUCUGUGGGGACAGCCGUGUGGCUGGGAGGGACCCCAACCGUGGGAUGGAGCCCCCUGGGGACAGAUGGGGUCCUGGCUGUGGUGGCAGCUCCCUGGCACUGGGGAUGUGUUUCCGUGAGGACGGGUCCCCACCUGCCAGGUCUCUCCUAUUCCUGCCCUGGGCAGCUCUGCCAGCCUGGCCCUGCUUACAGCAGCAGAAUAGCAGAGCAGAGGGUGGCAGCUGGGGUGCAGGUGACAGGCUCCGCCAUGCCUUGCCCUGCAGCAGCUGUGGGACUGGGAGAUCUGUGGACUACAGCUCCUCUCCCAGAUCUCAGGCUUUGUCCCGAUGCCAACGCACUCACCAGCUCCCUCGAGGCGUGGAUACCGUCAGCAUCAAGGAGAGUGCUGCCAGGCACCUCCAAACAGCCCCCAAGGGUGAGGAUCCCAGGGCACAGCCUGUCCACCAGCACCGAGGUGGUUAAACGGGCUCUAUUCCAGCCCCGGCCCUGCUGCUUGCAGGGGAGGUUGCUGGUUUGAGGCCAAGGGGAGGGCCGUGCAGGGGACUCCUGGGCAGCCUUUGUCCCAGGCUCAGCGCCCGCACUCCAGGUACGCGCUGACACCGAGGUGAGCAGCAGCUGGCCCCACUGGCAGCAGCACAGCAUGUCCUAUAGGGCACUGGUCACCCUCAUUUAUCACUGGAGAUAUCGACUGAAACAGGAAUCGCCGUCUUUUGUGACUUUGCCAAAGGUCUUCCUUUCCUAUUAAAUUGCUGACCUGGACUGGCUACAAGGUAAGGGUAUUUUCUAUGCAUUCUUGGGAGAACUGUGCAGCCCAGUGAGCUCCCCAGGGUGCACCCCAUGGCAGUGGCUGGGUUAGAAUCAUUUCUUUAGGCUGUUUCCAGGGCUUUCAGGGCAUCUGCUGCUCAGCUGCAGCCCAGUGCUGUGCAGGCUGGGCUGUACGAGGUCAGGCUUACUGCCUGCAGUCACACAAUGGUAGUACAGAGCAGGGUGAUGCAGGAACAGAAGGGAGAACUUUGUGUAGAAAAGCACAUCUGGAGCAGACAUGGGGUGCUGAGCACGAGGACGUGUCAGCUGCUCUGUGCUGUGGGGCUGUAGAGAACCAGGCCUUGGGUUUCACUUCUCCAUUGCAAUUUAUUGCUGAUGCCUCAGGAAUGAUGAUGCUGGGAGCUGAGCUCUGACCAGGUGAGCAGAGCUGGACCAGGCAGGAGACACAUGGAUGGAGAUGCUGUUCCCCUGCCUGGAGAAAGACCAAGGAUAGUCUGAUACUGUUGGGCAACAGAUGUUUUAAUUCCCCAUUACUGGAGGUUUUCAAGAUGGGAUUGGUUAGAUAGUCUCAUUUAGGCUUGCCAUGAGAAGCUGGACUUGAUUGUCUCUUGAGGUCCUUUCAACCUGUACUGUCCCAUGAUUCUGUGAUUCUAUAUGACCUGCUGGUCACAAGUGUGUGGGAUGGAUUGUGUGAGGUAGUGCAGGGUAUAAUGGCAGAAUGUGGGUGCCAGGGGGAUGCAGCUCUGCACUCCAAAGAUAUCAACCCAGUGGGAACCUGCCAGGACAUGGCCCUGCUCUGGGUGUCUCUGCUUUAGCAGGAGUUGGACCAGGUGGACCCAACGGUCUCUUCCAACCUCAGCCAUACUGGAAUUCUGUGACUGUGAUUCCAAGAAUGGUUUAAAGCCCUUUUUUCAGACAUGGGAGAAGGUCCAUCUUGACAGGUCCCACCCCAUCCAUGAGAUUUGCAUUUCAAAUCUGGCCUUGCAAAUACAGGAGCGCUAAGCUGGACUUGGGGUGUUUUUGCAGGUUAGAAGAGGAAUGGAGUACAAAGCCAAGGUCGUUGCAGGUCUCCUGGCAGCCACCUGUGUCUUCAGUAUCGUUGCCCUCAUACUGAGUGCUGUAAAUGUGAAGGAUGUGUUGCUGCCUCCUGGCACUAAGGUAAAGCCUUUGGCAGAAGCCCAUCUACCUUCUCUCACUUGGGUGUUGUCUAACCUCUAUUCUGAGAUUUUCUCCAGCUUUAGGCAGGCUGUGCUGUUAUUCACCAAGAUGGGGACAAACUGCCGUGCAGGGUGGCACGUCAAAUGGGUUUGUCACAGUUUUCUUGCUUACGGCACAUACAGCCUUUUCACUGCAGAGAACCAAGGGAACUUCCCCACUAGCUCACAAAGAGCCUUGGCCUCAGUACAGCUGGCGACUGCGAUGUCACGCUUUCCCUGCUCCGGUGACACUCUUGGCUUGGUCACGGGGGCCACUCCCUGCCCACUGGCAGCUCUGCCUGCUCACCUGGAGCUCUGCAGCCAGCUAAAUCUGCUUUGCACCUCCGAAACCCUGCAUCCCGUCGGCCUCUCUCUGCAGUACGGCCUGGUGUUCGACGCCGGCUCCACGCACACGGCUCUCUACAUCUACCAGUGGCCUGCAGACAAGGAGAACGGCACGGGCAUCGUCUCCCAGGUGGAGUCCUGCACUGUGAAUGGAUCUGGCAUCUCCAGCUAUGCAGAUGAUCCCACUGGAGCUGGUGCCAGUCUGAAGCCCUGCCUGGACAAGGCCAUGGCAGUCAUCCCUGCAGAGCAGCAGUGGCAGACACCCACCUACCUGGGGGCCACAGCGGGGAUGAGGCUGCUGAGGGAGCAGAACAGCACAAAGGCUGAGCAGGUCUUCGCUGAGGUCACCAAGGCCAUUCGUGAGUACCCUGUGGACUUCCGUGGAGCUCAGAUCCUCACCGGGAACGAGGAGGGCUCCUUUGGCUGGAUCACUGUCAACUACCUGCUGGACACACUUAUCAAGUUUUCCUUCGCAGGAAAAUGGGAACAUCCACAAAACGCUGAGGUCCUGGGAGCUCUGGAUCUUGGAGGAGCCUCAACACAAAUAACCUUCCAGCCUGGAGUCACCGUUGAAGACAAAAACACGUCUGUCCUCUUCAGGCUGUACGGCACCAACUACUCACUCUACACCCACAGCUACCUGUGCUAUGGGCAGAUGCAGGCCUUGAAGAGGCUGAUGGCAGCUCUCCAUCAGGACAGCCGGUACGCCCAGCAGAUAUCACACCCCUGCUACCCCAAGGGAUACCAGGAGAACGUCACUGUAGCAGAGCUCUACGACAGUCCCUGCGUCCCCAUUCCAAGCACGCUCAGCCCUGCACAGAUCCUCACAGUAACAGGGACGGGGAACCCGGCGGCGUGCCGCACCGCCAUCCUGAAGCUCUUCAACUUCACCUGUGGGGCCAACAGGACGUGUGGGUUCGACGGGGUCUAUCAGCCACCUGUGAGGGGACAGUUCUUUGCCUUUGCGGGGUUCUACUACACCUUCUCCUUCCUGAACCUGACCAGCCAGCAGUCUCUAAGCCAUGUCAAUGCCACAGUCUGGGACUUCUGCAACAAGAACUGGUCCAAGCUGGUGGAGACCUUCCCAGACAAUAAGGAGCACCUACACACGUACUGCAUGGUGGGACUUUACAUCUUGACACUGCUGGUCGAUGGCUAUAAGUUUGAUGAGCGCACGUGGAGCAACAUCCACUUCAGCCAGAAGGCAGAAAACACAGAUAUUGGCUGGACGCUGGGCUUCAUGCUGAACCUCACCAACAUGAUCCCCACGGAGGCUCUGGAACACAUCAAGGGGCAGCAGCCCAGUCUGUGGGCAGGAGCCAUCUCCUUCAUUGUGCUGGCUAUAGUUACAGGCCUGGUGGCAAUUCUCCUCCAGUGUUUCUGGAAAUCCAAGUAGCUCCAAGUAGCUCCAAGAAGCCUACGGGCACCCUGCCUUCUAAACCAGGCAGGGAGGGUGGUGCAAGAAAAGGUGGAAGCAAGAGAGGGAAGAAGGCAUUAAGCCCCACCUCCACUGCUCAUGAAGUCUUCUUGAACCACAUCUGUAAAGACAUCAAAGGCAUCUUGAGCUCCCUACAAACCUCAACGAGGAAAUGAUGCCAGAAACCUCCUCAAUCUGGCUGACAAAGGCCAAACUGAGAUGUGGCAGCCAUAAGAAUUCAAGCUAGAAAUAAAGCCCUUUUUGUUUUUCAAAUACAAAGGUCGCUAACAAGUCUAGCAGAGCUUCCAUCCCUCGGCACUUCCACACCUGCUGGGUUGGCUCUCCCAGCUGCAGCUGUGGAAGGCAAUGGGUGCUGGAGAGCAGUGGUGGCCACCUAGGCUCUGGGGAGAGGACUGGCAUUUUCUGUAUCCUGUCUUGUAUAAGAUGUGCAAGAUUUCUGUAGUAUGUGGUAGAAUGUCUUUCCAAGGACAGACUGUCAGCUGUCUGUAAGUUAUUUACAAUCAUAUCUCAGCAAAAAAAAAUACAAUUGGAACUUAAGAGCUGCCAACUCUGCUCAGUGUUUAUUUCACGUUCAAGUUAUAUACUCCAGCUUUGUCAGACACUAAAUCCAUAGCAGGCUCCAGCUCCAGGCACUUGAGUGUUUUAUCUACAUCAGCAGAGCCCAGCACAGCUCAGCUGCAAGAAUCAGUCCUCUCAGUCCUUCCAGCUCCAGCCACCAGGUCAGCACUGCAGUGCCCAGCCUGCCUUCUGCACAGACCCUCCAAGCCUCUGCCACAGCCCCAGGCUGGUGUGUGCAGGGGUGUCUUCACAGCUGCCUCUCUUUGCUGCAGGACCCCUGUCCACACAGCAAGAAGCAGGAAAAUCCAGGCAGGACUGCUUAGGGGCUUGAGAAAACAACCAAAGGCAUCUGGGCUGAGAAAGAAUCAGAGCUCUUUGGCUCUUUCAGAUCCACAGAGUAUUCACUGUGUGAAGAUGAUAUAUAAUGGUCCUAACCAUCAUGGAGAGGGAGUAAACUCCCCUGCCUGAAAGGAACCUUUUCCCACCCUGCAAUGUGACACAUGGCACGUGGACAUUUCCUGUAGCCAAACACAGUCCCCUCCUUUCUCUCUGCCCUAUACAGGAACAUCUUUGGCAGCGGAACCACAGAGGUAAAAAUGUCAGGUCUGGGAACAGGCUGCAGGAAAUGCUGCCAAGUGAGUGCUGGAACAGACCUCACAGGAUCUGUCAGUGCAGGACAUCUGUUCAGGUUGAGCAGAGCUCCUGUCUGGGCCAGCUGUGUCCAGAUGAGCUGGUUCUGGUGUCUCCUACCCCUGGCAGAUGGGACCGA